AUGCUAUGAAUACAAAUAAUCGAUAAACGGAAACAAUUACUUGAGAUAUUUUCCGCUAGGUAUGAAGGAAUGUAUUUGUAAUAUAUUGUGAAUUCUAACUUUUUCUUCCUUGAAAUGGCGACACACACAUACAUAGGAAAGGUACAAGGAAGAACCCGAAGCAAAGAAGAUUUGGAAAAAAAAUUUUCCAGCAUUUUGAAAUCAGCAUCUGAGAAAUUCAAACAAUCGGUGUCUUCUCACCAACACGAAUAUGAAUGUGACAAAAAUUACAGAGGAUUAGCCAUUAUAAUCAGCAAUGAAUCCUUCAAAAGAUCACAACCUCGCCCGUAUUGUGACGAUGAACUAAAAAGGAUGCAAGAAACAUUUGGAAAGCAUCUUCGCUUUACAGUUGUAACCUUUAAGGAUUUGACUGCACAACAGAUUAAUUGGGUUGUAGAUAUAGCCUGCGAACAGACACAAUUCCAUCGAAAUUCAGAUUGUUUUGCGUUUAUUAUUGGAAGCCAUGGUAACGAAAACCCAAGACCUGUGAAUUCCCUGCCGCCUACUAGAGUGUAUUACAGAGACCAUUGUUUAUAUGGGGUUGAUGAAGAUACGGUGACAACGAAAAGUAUAAUUGAAAAAGUCGCUGGAGUCGUGGAAUUACAAGAUAAGCCUAAGAUGUUUUUUAUUCAGGCAUGUCGGUCAAAGAUGAUUCCGGACGAGGUCUGCAGUGAACAUGGGCAUGAAAUUUUAGUUCUGAAUAUCGUAAAGAAUUCUUUAAAUCAAACAAACAAAACUACAUCGUCAAAUUCUCUGUCGUCGAGUGCAAGUAAACCUACCGACAAUGAUACGGUUGGAAACAUGUCGAAAGACCAGGACACAGCGGAAUUCAGUUUCAAAAAAGCGCUGAACAUGACGAAAAAGAUGUUUGGUUACAAUAAAAAUAAGCCAAAAGAGAUCAUACGUAUUGUAGAUCCACCGUGUGCAGAUGAUUGCCUCGUCGUUUAUUCAACAGCUUCAGAGAAAAAUUCUUUUGGAAGAGAACGCGUUGGUGGAUGGAUGUUAUAUUCUUUAAACGCAGCAAUAACGAAACAAAUAAAAAUUAUAGAGUGUAGUAAGAUAAACUGCAUAGAUAUAACAUGUGUUUUAAACGAUAUGACUCAUUACGUUUCAAAGUACUUUGAGACCAAGAGUUCCGAUUCAACGCAUCCUAACGGAAUGGAGGGGAGAAAAGUUCCAGUUGUUUUUGAACACUGUUUUACAAAAGAAAUGUAUUUCUAUUUGUAACCGUGUACGUUUUGUAGAAUUGCAACAUUUACGCCUUUCUAAUUUACCGCAGCAAAAACACAGAAAGGGUUGCCUUAAUUUGAUAUCAUCAUCUUCAGUCACAUUUAAAUGAACGUUUACAGUAAAAUUGAGAAUGGAACAUUUAUUUCAUUUUUGUAUUAAAUUUAGCUAUCAUAUUUUGGCAACAAAAUUACAGAACAAUGUAAUUUAAGAGAUAAGAUCUCGAUAUGGCCUUUAUUUCUGGAAAAAAAAUCAAAUUAGGAUUCAAUGUCCAUUAUCAUAUUGAAUCACAGUCAUUACAAUGACUAAACUUUAAACUUCUAUAUCAUUUGGUCUCUGGUGAAGAGUUGUUUCGCUGGUAAUCAUACCACAUCUUCUUAUUUUACUAUUUACGUAUCCGCAUUCUUUUUUAUGACGUAAAAAUAAGCUUAAACUUAACUUUCUACCAACUUCAAUGAAAAGGGCCAUUUUCAUUGGUGUUUUAGGACUUUGGACAUAUUGUGCAAACAUAUAUUUUAACAUUAUGUUCCUUAGAAAAAAAUAAUAACCUAAUUGACCUCAGUAUUUAGUUUGGCGAUCCCUAUGCCAUUAUGUAUCUAAGGCCAAUAUAGGACCAAAAUCCAAAAUAUUUGUUAGUCUUCAUCAUAAUUUCUAUAUUGGAAUUGUAUUUAUAAGAAAAUAAAAAAUAAAAAAAAAUGGACGAAUAACUCAAAUAUGGAUGGGUUGCGGAGAUAGCAUUUGAGAAUGGUCUAAGCUGAAUAUUUAUACGUAUGAAAAUUUGAAAUAAAAAUAUGAGGGAAAAUCUUUUUCAACUCCAUAAUGUAAUGUGUACAACCUCAAUAGGUUUGCAAACUCUCUGUGAAGUUUCAAAGAUCUUGAUUCAAAACAAAAAGUGUUACCUUCUUUUGAUUUGCUGAAAAAUCACUAAAUUCACGAUUUUGCCAAAAUGGGAAAAAAAUUAUUCAAAAAUAAUAACAUAAUAGCAGGUGGACUACUUCAAUAUGGGUACCAUCAUUCUGUAAAUUUUCAGAGAUCUGGAUUGAAAAAAAUGUAGAAGGAGUGGAUUACACGAAAUUGGUACUGUCUUUUGUAAAUUGUGCUCAAAAUGACAAAGUUCCUUACUCUGGAAAAUAGAAAAAAAAAAUCCGCAAAUAAUUCCAUUAUAGCAGCUGCAUACACUCAACAUAUAUGUGCCAUUAUUCUGUGACGUUUUUGUAAUUUUUUCAAUAAAAAAAGGACUAAUUAAUACUUUAGCUUGAGAGAACCUGA